CCCUGCCCCAGCUAUGGCUCCUGGGGCUCCCUCAUCCAGCCCCAGUCCUAUCCUGGCUGCGCUGCUCUUCUCCUUUUUGGUGCUCCCCCCGGCCCAGGCCAUUGUGGUUUACACGGACAAGGAGGUCUAUGGCGCUGUGGGCUCCCGGGUGACCCUACAUUGCUCCUUCUGGUCCAGCGAGUGGGUCUCAGAUGACAUCUCCUUUACCUGGCGCUACCAGCCCGAAGGGGGCCGCGACGCUAUCUCGAUCUUCCACUAUGCCAAGGGACAGCCCUACAUUGACGAGGUGGGGACCUUCAAAGAGCGCAUCCAGUGGGUCGGGGACCCUCACUGGAAGGAUGGCUCUAUUGUCAUACACAACCUGGACUAUAGCGACAACGGCACGUUCACCUGUGACGUCAAAAACCCGCCAGACAUAGUGGGCAAGACUUCUCAGGUCACACUCUAUGUCUUUGAAAAAGUGCCUACUAGGUACGGGGUGGUGCUGGGAGCCGUGAUCGGGGGUGUCCUGGGGGUGGUGCUGUUGCUGCUGCUGCUGUUCUAUCUGAUUCGGUACUGCUGGCUCCGCAGACAGGCGGCCCUACAGCGGAGGCUCAGUGCCAUGGAGAAGGGGAAAUUGCACAAGGCUGCGAAGGACUCGUCGAAGCGCGGGCGGCAGACGCCAGUGCUGUACGCCAUGCUGGACCACAGCAGAAGCACCAAAGCUGCCAGUGAAAAGAAGUCCAAGGGGCUGGGGGAGUCUCGCAAGGAUAAGAAAUAGCGGUUAGCGGGCCGGGCGGGGGGUCGGGGGGCAGCGGUGGAGCCCACCAAAGGCUCUCAGGUGGUGGUCAUCGAGAUGGAGCUCCGGAAGGAUGAGCAGAGCUCGGAGCUCCGGCCUGCGGUCAAGUCCCCCAGCAGAACCAGCCUCAAGAACGCCCUCAAGAACAUGAUGGGUCUGGACUCCGACAAGUGACCACCCCCCCCCUCCCCGGGCCCUUUCAGAGCAGGGGGACCUAGGCUCCUCU